CGUCUAGCUUGUCGUGACAAGUACUAAAAAGCACGGCGUUGACGGCAAAUCACAUGACCGGCUCGCCCACUGAGGCUGAGCGUUCCCACAGCCUGUGCUGGCGAGAGGAGGAGGAGGAGGAGGAAGCUUUGGCUGUCUCCUUACCACUUCAGGAACCUCUACAGCCAGGAAGUCCUCCAGCAGCCCAUGCGCAAGACCAAUCACAGGGUUCACCGUAGAAACUUCUAAGAAGGUAAACAAACAGCAGGGGUAGGUCUGGAGUAACUCAUGGCGUCAGAACACAAUGCUGCAAUGGAGCUGAAGCUGAAGCACUGGCAAGAACUGGAGUAUGAAACACCCAUAAAGAUCUUCCUGACCAUUCUGUAUACCACCAUUUUGGUACUGGGCAUCGUGGGAAACAGCAUCACCAUCAAAGUGACACAGGUGCUGCUGAGGAAGGGCUACUUGCAGAAGAAUGUCACCGACCACAUGGUGAGCCUGGCCUGCUCGGACCUCCUCGUGUUACUCAUUGGCAUGCCUGUGGAGCUGUACAGCGCCACCUGGUUUCCCUUGUCGUCCACCUCUGGGAAGAUCUCCUGCAAGGUUUACAAGUUCCUCUUUGAGGCAUGCAGCUACUCCACCAUCCUGAAUGUAGCCACUCUCAGCUUCGAGAGGUACGUGGCCAUCUGCCACCCUCUGAAGUACCAGUCGCUCUCCAGCGCCAGAACUGUGAAGCUCAUCAUUUUCGUCUGGGUCACCUCAGUGCUGGUGGCCCUUCCCUUGCUGUAUGCCAUGGGAACGGAAAGAGUCGAGAACAUUCUGGAUCUGAACAAACAGCUUUACCAAUGGGGAUCCGCAGUAAACAAUAGUGCAACGCGGAACAUGACCUUUUGCACAAACCUCAACUCCAUGUGGACGAUGUAUAGGAGCAGCGUUUUUAUAGCAUUCAUUGUGUAUAUUGUUGUCCUGGUCAGUGUAGGCUUCAUGUGCAGAAGUAUGAUCACUGUGCUGUCAGGUGCAAAGAGGAUUUCAAGCAAAGCAGACGACAAACGGGUGGAAGCCCUGCCUAAGCACGAGAGCUCCCAGGCCAGAGAAGCCCGAAAGCAAAGCAUAAUAUUUCUAGGCUUAAUCGUGGGAAGUCUGGCCUGCUGUUGGAUGCCCAAUCAGAUCCGUCGGCUGAUGUUAGCAGCCAAGCCCAAAGCGGACUGGACGGCGACCUACCUGAGGGCCUACGUCGUCCUGCACCCCAUCGCCGAUACGUUUUUCUACUUCAGCUCAGUUAUCAACCCCUUCCUGUACAACUUCUCGUCGCGGCAGUUUCGGCAGGUGUUUAUGCAGGUGCUACGGUGCAAUCUGACCAUCGAGCACAUCAACAGGAGGAACCUGACGAGACCGAAUAUGCACUCGGCACGCCGCUUACUGAGAUCGCUCCGGCACUCACUACCGGCCCGCGGGAGGGACAAGGCCAGCGGGACCUCUGCCACACUAAACCCAGCCCAUUCUCUGGAGAGGUCUCAGGAACCUAGUCCAGAGGAGUCUGUGGAGCUCAGUGCCACCCAACACAGCAACGCAACCUCCAAGACUGACAUCUGAGUGUGGAAUCUUUAUGGUGGCCCGGAUUAGAUAUCUUUGUAUAUGUAUUGUAUAUAUCACACAUGGUAUAGAAGUAAUGAUGAAAAUGUUUGAUCUGCUCUGAAGGCAGAGCAGUGUGCGAGAACCUUCUCUAUCAUUGUCUAAAAUUACCAAACGUCUUAGGAAGUGCAGAUGGUGGCUGUAAGCACAUUAGUCUGCUGACCCCUGAAAAGAGCAGUCAUCCUGAAGCUUCUCAGCUCUUUCUAUCAGGUAAAGCCAGAUCUGUAAUGACAGAUCUGGCCAUAAACCAGCCAGCCUCCUGGAAGCCAUUCUAGAUCUUGCUCUUUAAGAUUUUUUGAAGUGGAAAGGAAUGCAUUGCAGAAAUGUUACAAUACCGCAUGGACAUUAUAGCUGCAUUAUAAAAUUAUUCAAACUUCUUGUCUUUAUGUAAAAAUUAAUGCAUUUUCUGUGUUUUGUAUUAAUUGGUGAAAAACUAAUAGUUACAAUAGUAAGGUUUACAAAAAGUCAGUGUGAUAUGAGAGAUUAAGCAUCAAAUCUCCUUUCCAAAGGUGAUCCCCUGCCACAAUCCUCCUCUCCCAUCCCAUCAGCAUAAAUACGGGAGUCUCAUGUCAGCAUUAUCUGCAACAGAGUGUUAUUCGCCUGAAAGCUCAUGGAACUGAGUGCAACUGGAUGUAAUUUAUGUAUUUCAUCAAAUGUGCCUGGAUGUUUUGUUUUUUGCAAUAAAAAUAAUCUUUUUUAUUAA